GCAGCACUGAAGCUCACCAACACUGACAUAAGUUGGUAAUGAUGGGGUACAAGACAAAACCAUCGCCGGGACUCUUGAUACUUCUAUGUUCGGUACCAAAUAUUUUAUGUAUUUGUCCUUUGACGUGUGCAUGCUCUUUAAGGAAUAGAAAUGUCGACUGCUCAGGCAGAAACCUUACUGCCUUGCUACAUGGACUCCAAGACAAUGUAACACACCUAAAUGUAUCGCAUAACCAUUUUACUAACUUAGACUAUGAGUUAACUCGGUUCACCAACUUGAGGAUGCUUGAUCUUUCUUACAACUUGCUGAAGAACCUUCCCUCUAAUUUGCCACGGUCUUUGUGGGCAGUCUAUGCCUCAAACAACAACAUUAAAGCCCUUCAUAAGCUGGAUACAGCUUAUCAGUGGAACUUAAAAAUACUGGACGUGUCCAACAACAGACUACAGAGGACAGUCUUUAUUAAUAACACUUUGACUAGCUUGCAGCUCCUGAAUCUGAGCAACAAUCAUCUCUGGACAGUUCCAACUAACAUGCCACCUAAUAUACAAAUAAUUGACUUGUCAAAUAAUUUUCUAAUACAAAUCCUACCAGGAACAUUAGGGAGACUUCACAACCUUCAAAAAUUCUAUUUGCACAACAACAGAUUUACCUACAUACCAGAUAAUGCCUUUGACCAACUCACUAACCUACAUGAAAUAACUCUGUAUAACAACCCAUGGACAUGUAAAGACACGCACAAUAUCCUAUACCUGCUGAAGUGGGUGAGUGCACCAGCAAAGAAUAUCACAGGCUACCCAUGUUCUAAUGAAACCAAUCAGUUUACCACUGCACCUUACUCACCUACGAUUGUUGCACCAAAUAGGACUGUGAAUUAUAACUCAUUGCUUACUACAACUGUGUGGAUGUUUAUGGAGGCUCAAGAAAAGAAAAUGUAUAAGCAGGUUCCAGUUCCAGAGGCGGCAACAUUAUCACCCAUCAAUACGACCAGCAUUUUAUUGCCAAGCGCAGAUGACUUUUUACUUACAGAUGAGGGGUCUGCAGAUGAAAUAAUGCAUUUUGACUACAACUUUAGCACAAAAGAUGUUCCUCUUAUACCAUCAAGUGAAUUGGAGGUCUUGAUAUCUGAUGAGCUAUAUGAUAAUGAAUUUGAGGAUAGCACUGUGACUUUUGGGAACCGGAAAGGAUCCCCAGACAGUGUACCCGAGAUGACCAUGUAUAGCACUACAGUGCCCAUAGUGGCUCAACAUACCACUAUAAGCAUAAAACAAGUUCGAUCCUUGGCACAUAAAGCUACGUGUCAGCUGGUUAGUUUUGUAACUGUAGUAUUCGUUCUUCGGACUAUCUAAAAAGGCAUGUUGAUCAUUUAGGGUUAACAAUGGGUUGCUGCUCUGCAGCUGAUUUGGAAGUAUAAUUCCCACAUGGCCAGACUGAUGCUAGCAAAGCAUCAUAGGAGUUGGAGCUCUUCCAAAGCUGAAUGGCUACUAGUCAGAUAAACCUGUCUAAAAUAAUGCAGGAAGGAUAAAAGAUGAAUUAUCAUAACAGUUACCAUUGAAAUCUCCAGCUCUCAUUCUAGCAUCAAAAAGCUCAAGACCCACUGCCACAAACUACAACUCAUUUUUACUUUAUAAACAUAUAGUAGCAAAAAACGUUUGUUAUGGUGCCUGGUUUGCUAUGCUAAUAAUGCAAUGGUUUUCUGUCACAACAGCAGAAAGCAUUGAAUUUAAAUUACAGGUGUAAAGAAAAAUCAAUUAAAACAUAUUUAUGAACAUGUUUUAGUGUGAUUUAUAUGCCUAACAUCAAGGGAUGCAAUAAUAAAGGCAUGCGAAUGCAUUAAUAAAAUGUAUGGAAUUAUC